AUGAGUAAACAAGCGAAUUUCGAGGUAAUUGUUGGGACAUACGAGGAGUAUUUGCUGGGGUACAACUUUAUAGCGAAGUCAUCAGAGAUAAUUCAAAGUUUCGCAGCACACGACCACAGCAGUAGCGUGCGUUCUUUGGCCCAUGCGGGAAACUUUUUAGCGUCUGGGGGGGCGGACGACAGGAUUUUUAUCUAUGAUUUAAAAGUUAGGAAGGAACACUGCAUGCUUACACACCACAACUCGACUGUAACAUGUUUGCAAUUUACAGAAAACCAUUCGCAUAUUCUAUCAGGCAGUAAUGAUGGCGUGCUGGCGAUUGUGAGAACUGGCAACUGGCAGUUGGAGAAAAUAUGGGAAAAGCCACACAAUGGAGCUGCAAUAUUGGAUAUAGCAGUGCAUUCAUCUGGAAAGUUAGCAUUGACUCUGGGCUCUGAUUGCAGCUUACGAACAUGGAAUCUGGUUAAAGGUAGACAAGCCUACAUUAUAAACUUGAUGAAUAAAAGUAAGGAAGCCAAAAGUUUAGAAAAGAUUGCCUGGGGACCAGACGGCAUACACUUUGUUUUAUAUGGAGGAAAAAACACUGAAGUUUGGAGCAUUGAAAGUGGAGGCAUCAUAAAAAGCAUAGAGCAUGAAACUAAGGUGUGCACAUGUAUUUGGGGCUCGGAUAAAGACAUAAUUGUGGGUUUGGAAGAUGGAAACAUUGUUAUAUGCACUUUUGACACAGUCAAACUAAAUAAGAUUAAAGCACAUGAAAGCAGGGUUAAAUGUGUUGUUGCUUUUAAGGAGUUUUAUGUUUCUGGUUCGAGCACAGGGGAGAUUAAGGUGUGGAAUAAGGAAUUUGAAGAGCUGGCAAAACAUGAAACUGGUUGUAGGAUUACUUGUCUUUGUAUUGUGCCUAAAUUAAAAACCAAAGUAGAGGAACCUGCCAAGGAAAUUGAGCCCAAAAAGGUUGUAGCACCUCAGCAAAAACCCAGGACAAAAGUCAUAGUUGAAAUAGAGGAGAGUGAUGAAGAAAUUGUUGAAAAACCCACAAAAAAGAAUAAAAGAAAAAGUAACAAUGGCGAGAAAACUGAAAAACUAAAGAAAAAGAAGACACAAAUUGAAGAGCAACCUAAGAAAAAAAAAGGCAAAGUAAAAAAAACGUAA